UACGAGGAUCUGACCAUCGGCGUCGUCAAGGAAAUCGACCCGGCGGAGAACCGCGUCGCGCAGACGCCCGAGUCGCUCGCGGCGCUCCUCAAGGCCGGCUUCUCCGUCGUCGUCGAGGCCGGCGCGGGCGCGGCCGCGGGCUUCGCCGACGCCGACUACGCCGCGGCCGGCGCGGCCGUCGUCGACGACGCCUGGGCCGCGGACAUCGUCACCAAGGUGAACCCGCCGACGCUCGACGAGGCGGCGAAGCUCGGCGACCGCACGCUCCUGUCCAUGGUGCAGCCCGCGCAGAACGGCGACUUGGUCGCGCAGCUCGAGGCGCAGAAAGCCACGGUCUUCGCCAUGGACUGCAUCCCGCGCCUCCUAUCGCGGGGCCAGGCCUUCGACGCGCUGAGCUCCCAGGCGAACCUCGCGGGCUUCCGCGCCGUCGUCGAGGCGAGCCACGCCUACGGCCGGACGAUCGCCGGCUCGAUGACCGCGGCGGGGAAGCUCGCCCCGGCCCGCGUGCUCGUGCUCGGCGCGGGCGUCGCGGGCCUCGCGGCCAUCCAGACGGCCAAGAACAUGGGCGCCGUCGUCUACGGCUACGACGUGCGGCCCGUCGUCCAGGAGCAGGUCGAGUCCAUGGGCGGCAAAUUCCUCAAAGUGCCCUACGAGGAGGACGGCGCGGGCGCGGGCGGCUACGCCAAGGAGAUGUCCGACGAGUACAAGGCCGCGGAGCAGGAGAUGCUCCGGGACGAGGUGGCCAAAGCUGAUAUCCUCGUGACGACGGCGCUGAUCCCCGGCUGCAAGGCGCCGGUGCUGGUUCCGGAAGCGAUGGUCAAGGGCAUGAAGCGCGGCUCCGUCAUCGUCGACAUGGCGUCCGUCAACGGCGGCAACGUCGUCGGCACGAUCGACGGCGAGGCGGCCGCGACGCCCAACGGCGUGACGAUCCUCGGGUACUCGGACCUGCCGUCGCGGCUCCCCACCGCGGCGUCGAACUUGUUCGGCAAGAACCAGGCCAACUUCCUCCUCUCCGUCGGCCCGACGACCACAAAAGUCGACGGCGUCUUCGCCAUCGACCGCGAGGAUCCCGCCGUGCGCGGCAUGCUCGUCGUCGAAGACGGCGCGCUCGCGUGGCCCGCGCCGCCCUACGCGCCGCCGCCGCCGCCGCCCGCGCCCGUCGUCGCCGAGGUCGUCGAGGUCGACCCGCAGGAGGCGCUGGACGCGCGAGUGCAGGGAGACGCCACCGUCGCGGCCGUCGCGGCGCUCGCGACCGUCGCCGUGGGUUUGGCGUCGGGCGGCGACGCGGGCAACGCGGGCCUCUUCGCGGCGUUCUGCCUCGCGUCGUUCGCCGGCCAGCAGGCGGUCUGGGGCGUCGCGCCGGCGCUCCACUCGCCCCUCAUGGCCGUGACGAACGCCAUCUCCGGGCUGACGGCGUUAGGCGGCGCGGCGCUCCUCGACCCGACGCACUUGGCGCCCCAGACGCCCGCGGAGCUCCUCGGCGCCUUCGCCGUCGUCGUCUCCACGGUCAACAUCGUCGGCGGCUUCCGCGUCACGGACGCGAUGCUCCAGCUCUUCCAGCGCAAGGGCGACCCCGUGGCGCCGCUGGGCUUGUUCGCGGCGCCGGUAGGUUUGGCGGCCGCGGCGACGCUCGCGACGGCGGCGACGAACGAGGCGUCCGUGCUGCCGGACGUCGUGUCCGCGGCGGCGGCGACGGCGUGCGUCGCGGGCAUCGGCGGCCUCGCGACGCAGCAGACCGCGCGCUACGGCACCGUCGCGGGCAUGGCCGGCGUGUCGCUGGCCAUCGUCGCGACCUUCGCCAAGGCCCUCCAGGCGGCCCACGGCGACCCGGACGCGAUCCUGGGUCUAGGCGCGUUGAUGGCCGCGGGCGGCGCGGGCGGCUGGGUCGUCGCGGGCGGCGUCGGCCCCGCGGAGCUCCCGCAGACCGUCGCCGCGUUCCACUCGCUCGUCGGCGUCGCGGCCGUCGCGACGGCGCUGGGCGAGUUCGUCGCCCACGCCGACGAGCUCGGGCUGGGCGGGGGCGCGGCGGCGGUGGCCGCGACGCUCGUCGGCGGCGUGACCUUUACGGGUAGCAUCGUCGCGUACCUCAAGCUCUCGGGCGCGCUGUCGUCGUCGCCGCUCGCGAAGAACGACGCGCUCAACGGCGGUCUGCUCGCGGCGUCGCUCGGCCUCGGCGCCUUCGCCGUCGCGUCGGGCCAGUCGGCGGCGGGCGCGGCGGCGCUGACGGGCGCGGGGUUGACGUCGGCGGCGCUCGGCUACCUGCUCACGUCGUCCAUCGGCGGCGCGGACAUGCCCGUGGUCAUCACGGUGCUCAACUCCUACAGCGGCUGGGCGCUGGCCGCCGAGGGCGUGCUCCUCAAGGACGGGACCCUGGCGUCCGUCGGCGCGCUCAUCGGCUUCUCGGGCGCGAUCCUGACCAAAAUCAUGUGCGACGCGAUGAAUCGCGACGUCGUCGAGGUCGUGCUCGGCGGCAAGGCCGCGGCGCCGUCGACGGGCGACGUCGAGCAGGUCGACCUCGGGGCCCACUCGGAGGUCGACGCCGCGGGCGCCGCGGCCGCGCUCGCGGCCGCGGAGUCGGUCAUCAUCGUCCCCGGCUACGGCCUCGCCGUCGCCAAGGCGCAGUACGUCGUCGCGGAGAUCGUCGAGGAGCUCGAGAAGGCGGGCAAGACCGUGGCCUUUGGCAUCCACCCCGUCGCGGGGCGCAUGCCCGGCCAGCUCAACGUCCUCCUCGCGGAGGCGGGCGUGUCCUACGACAUCGUCCACGAGCUCGAGGACAUCAACGACGACUUCGCGGCCACGGACGUGUCCGUCGUCAUCGGCGCGAGCGACACGGUCAACAGCGGCGCGCUCGACGACCCGAACUCGCCCAUCGCGGGCAUGCCCGUGCUCAAAGUCUGGGACGCGAAGAAGACCAUCGCCUUCAAGCGGUCCAUGGGCUCGACGGGCUACGCGGGCGUCCAGAACCCGACCUUCUUCAAGGACAACACGGACAUGCUCCUCGGCGACGCCAAGGACACGGCCGCGGCGCUCCUCGGCGAGCUCCGCGCG